AUGAAUUGGCGAGCACCGGUCGAAGCUCCAGAAGAUUUGUUUGAUGUCGACUCCGGAACAGCCGACGCUUUCAUGAUGAAGAAUCUGCUUUCAGCAAAGGCCUGGUACUACGGCUGCCUGUUUUUCUCACACAAGCUAUUGAAUCCAUCGAAUGGGCCGUUCGAUCCGGAUCUUGUUGCUAUAUCUCGGCAAAGUCACAAGGUCUUCCAACAGAUGGAUCUUCUUCAGGGUGCAUCUGCGCUUCUUCUGUGGCCUGUCUUCUUGCUUGGUACAGGUGCUGUUACCCCUGCUGACCAAACAGUGUUCAGUAAUGCCGUUGUAUCGUGUGCUCCGAGAGCGGGUCCUGGCACCAUUCUACGCACUACACAACUUCUCAAUUGGGCGUGGGCGCCAGACACUGAACUUGAAGCAGGAUUCCUGGGCUCAGACAUUUUUCUUCGGACUGAGAUUCUCAGACAAUUUUUCAUGUAA